UUCCCUUCCCUUCCCUUCCCUCCCGUCCCGUCCCGUCCCGUCCCGUCCGUCCCGUCCGUCCCCGGCGGCGGCGGUGGCAUCGUCGGCCGUGUCCCCGCAGAUGCUGUGACAGCCAUGUCGGACGAGAAGCCCCCGCAGCUCGUGGAUUAUUUCGUGGUGGCCGGGCUGGCGGAGGGCUCGCGGGCGCUGGAGGAGGAGCAGCAGCCGCGGCCGGCGCGGCCCGGGGAGCCCAUCACGGACGUGGCCGUGAUCAUCCGCUCGCAGGGCGAGGAGGUGCCGCAGGGCUUCACCUGCAUCGAGACCAGCACGUCCGGCCACCCCGUGGACCUCAACGCGGGGCUGCUCAACAACCCCCAGAUGUUCCUGUGCUACAAACGCGGGCGGGACAAACCCCCCCUGAUCGAGCUGGGGGUGCACUAUGAGGGCAAGGACCGGCCCAAGCCAGGCUACCAGAUCCUGGACACGACGCCCUACAGCCGCUCGGCCAACCUGGCCUCGGGCUCCCCGGGCCACCAGCGCACGUUCCUGACGUUCCGGCGCCCGGCCGAGCCGCCCGGGCACCACACGCUGGGCGUCACCGACAUCUGCCUGGUGAUGCCCAGCAAGGGAGAGAGCACCCCGCACACCUUCUGCCGCGUGGACAAGAACCUCAACACCAGCAUGUGGGGCCCCGCCUUGUUCCUGUGCUACAAGAUCGCCGUGGCCAAGGACAACACGCUGGUCUACGAGGCAGGGCUGCUGAGCCGCUACCCCGAGCAGGACAGCGAGUCCUUCCCUCUGCCCGAGUCGGUGCCCGUGUUCUGCCUGCCCAUGGGGGCCACCAUCGAGAGCUGGCCCGUGGGCACCAAGUACCCCCUGCCCGUCUUCUCCACCUUCGUCCUCACCGGCGCCUCGGGGGACAAGGUGUACGGUGCCGCCAUCCAGUUCCACGAGGCGUUUCCCCGGGAGCGGCUGUCGGAGGCGCAGGCGCUGCGCCUGGGGCUGCUCAGCGUGGUGGACCGGGGGCCGGUGCCCGGGCGCUCCCUGCACACCCGCAAGAGCAUCUGCGUGCUGUCCCACUGGCCCUUCUUCGACGUCUUCCGCAAGUUCCUCAUGUUCAUCUACCGCUACUCCAUCUCGGGCCCCCACGUGCUGCCCCUGGAGACGCACAUCUCCCACUUCAUGCACAACGUGCCCUUCCCGUCCCCGCAGCGCCCACGCAUCCUGGUCCAGAUGUCCCCGUAUGACAGCCUGCUGCUGUGCCGCCCCGUGUCCUCCCCGCUGCCCCUCAGCGGGGCCAGUUUCCUGACGCUGCUGCAGAACCUGGGCCCUGACAAUGCUGUGGCACUGCUGGUGGCCGUCCUCACCGAGCAGAAGCUGCUCAUCCACUCCCUGCGCCCCGACGUCCUGACCAGCGUGGGUGAAGCCCUGGUGGCGAUGAUCUUCCCCCUGCGCUGGCAGUGCCCCUACAUCCCGCUGUGCCCGCUGGCGCUGGCUGACGUGCUGUGUGCCCCCGUGCCCUUCAUUGUAGGCAUCCACUCCAGCUACUUCGACCUCUACGAGCCCCCCCGCGACGUCAUCUUCGUCGACCUGGACACCAACACCAUUUUCCAGAGCGAGGAGCGGAAGCUGCUGUCGCCCCGCGCGCUGCCCCGCCGGCCCUGCAAGGUGCUGCUGGCCUCGCUGCACAGCCUGUCCCAGCAGCUGGAUGAGCUGCUGAGCGCGCCGGGCGAGGAGGAGCCCCCGGAGCUGGUUCUGAGCGACGCGGAGGCGGCGGGGGCGCGGCGGGCGCAGCUGGAGCUGGAGGCGAGGGCGGCCUUCCUGCGCUUCAUGGCCUGUGCCCUGCGCGGGUACCGCUCCUUCCUGCGGCCCAUCGCGCCCGCGCCCGCCCCGGCCGGCCGCGACGCCGGCAGCCUCUUCGCGCUGCAGGGGUUCCUGCGCUCCCGGGAGCGCGCGUACCAGCGUUUCUACGGGCAGCUGCUGCGCACGCAGCUCUUCACGCAGUUCAUCGAGGACUGCUCCUUCGCCAGCGACCGCGAGCCCUGCCUCGAGUUCUUCGACACCUGCGUCGACAAGGUGCAGGUGGACCUGGAGAAGCCCGAGGACACGCCCCUGAUGGAGCUGGACGACCCCCGCGGCGGGGAGCACACGGUGUUCAUCACGCCCCCGGAGCAGCCGGCGGGGCCCGACGGGGCCGAGCCCCCCGCGCGCUACAGGUAUGACGGGUUCCCCGCGCUGCGCCCGGAGCUGCUGGAGCCCCCCCGGGACCCGCUGGUGGCUCAGCUGUGCCAGGCCAGGAGCAGCGCCCCGAGCAGCCCCGCGCCGCGGCGCACCAAGCAGGAGAUGAAGGUGGCCCAGCGGGUGGCGCAGAAGUCGUCGGCAGUGCCCGAGCUGUGGGCACGGUGCCUGCUGGGGCACUGCUACGGCCUCUGGUUCCUGUACCUGCCCACGCAGGUGCGCGCCGCCCCCGCCAAGCUGCGGGCGCUGCAGCUGGCCUACGACGUGCUGCGCAAGAUGGAGCAGCACAAGGUGGUGCUGCCCGACGAGGUGUGCUACCGCAUCCUGAUGCAGCUGUGCGGGCAGUACGGCGAGCCCGUGCUGUCCGUGCGCGUCCUGCUGGAGAUGAAGCGCGCCGGCAUCGUCCCCAACACCGUCACCUACGGCUACUACAACAAGGCGGUGCUGGAGAGCAAAUGGCCGGCGGGGACCCAGGGGGGGCGGCUGCGCUGGGCCAAGCUGCGCAACGUGGUGCUGGGGGCGGCGCAGUUCCGGCAGCCCCUGAGGCAGAGGCAGCGCCAGAGAGCGGCCGGAGACCCCCCCGGUGACCGUGCCCCCCCCGCCCCGCGCCCCCCCCUGCACCGCCAGACCACCUGGGCGGGUCGGAGCCUCCGGGACGCGGCGCCGGCCCCGCGGCUCGUCAAGAGCGGCAGCCUCAGUUUCCCCGCCCCAUGCGAGGCCGGGGCGGCCCGCGGAGGAGCCCCCCCUCCCCCGCCACCCCCACCCCGGCCGCCCCCUGCCGCCGCCCCCGGUUCUGCCGACGGGAGCCUCUCGGACAUCGCCACCGGCGACAGCGGCGGCGACGGAGGGGCCCGGGGCGCCCCGCCCGCCGCCGGCCCCGAGGAGCCGCCCGGGAUCCCGCCGGGGUCGCCGGGGUCGGAGCAGCGGGACGGGGACCCCCGCCCGUCACGGCGCAGCCCCGCCGGGAGCCUGCUGCGGCGCCGGGAGCGGCCCGAGUCCACGGCGUCCAAGAGCUCGGUGUCGCUGGGCAGUGAACUGGACCUGUCCGAUGCCUCGGGGGGCAGCGGCGGCGCCCCCAAAGCCUCAGGGGAGCCCUGCGCGGAUGGGGGGGCGGGGACGGAGCCCCCCGGCCUGGAGGUGCUGCUGUCCAGCUGCUCGCGCUGCCCGGGCUGCGCCGCGCUCGUGUUCGACGAGGAGCUCAUGGCCGGCUGGACCUCGGACGACUCCAACCUCAACACCUCGUGCCCCUUCUGCUGCCGCUCCUUCGUGCCCUUCCUGAGCAUCGAGAUCCGCGACCUCCGCCGGCCCCCCAGCCCCCCCCCGGUGCCCCCCUCCCCGCAGGGGCCGGUGCUGAGCGACCGCCGGCGCUGCCUGGAGCUGGACGACCCCCCGGGACCCCGGGACCCCGGGCUGUGCAACGGCUGCGCCGAGACCCCGCCGCCGUGGCGCCGCGAGCGCGUGGCCUUCGCCUACCUGAGCCCGCUGGUGCUGCGCAAGGAGCUCGAGAGCCUGGUGGAGAACGAGGGCGCCGAGCUGCUGGCGCGGCCCGAGCUGGUGGACAAGCACCCCAUCAUCUUCUGGAACCUUCUCUGGUUCUUCCAGCGCCUGGCGCUGCCCAGCCAGCUGCCCCUGCUGCUGCUGGGCUCCCAGCACGCCCCCCCGGACCCCCAGCCCCCCGAGGCGUCGCGGGUCCGGGUGCGGCUCCUGUGGGACGUGCUGAGCGCCGAGGCCGAGAGCUGCCCCCCCCUCUACGUCAUCUGGAGAAUGCACAGUGCCAUCCCCCCCCGGCUGCACCCCUGGGGCCCCCCGGCCCCCCCGUUCUCGCUGCCCUUCCUGGAGGCCCUGCUGAGGCACGUGGGGCUCAACGAGGUGCACAAAGCCAUCGGGCUCUUCCUGGAGACCCUGGCGGCCCCCGGAGCCCCCCGCACCCUGCACAGGAGCAUUUACCGGGAGCUGCUGUUCCUGACGCUGGCGGCGCUGGGCCGGGAGCACACGGACAUCGCCGCCUUUGACCGCCGGUACCGUUCGGCGCUGGCCAAGCUGGGCGGGACCCCGGGCCGGGACGAGCUGAGGCGGCGGCGGGCGCAGCCCCCGAGCGCCAGAGCGAGCGAGUGCCGCCGGUGCUUCGGGGCGCCCCCGGAGUGCUGAGAGCGGCACCGGGACCGGGAACCCCCCCGGGAACC